UGUUAGCACCGAUGGCUCAGCUAAGGUAGCUUUGGUAGCUAAAGUAGCUCAAUGCAGCUAACUGGUAAGUAAACUAAAGAUCCCGGGAUUUGGAAUGGCGGAGGGUAGCGGCAAUGUUAAUGUUAAUACAGCCAGUCUUCCUCCGGGAGACCCGCAGCUUAUCGCCAUGAUCGUGGAGCAUCUAAAGAACCAGGGACUUUUUGACGAGUUUCGUCGGGACUGUUUGGCCGAUGUUGACACCAAGCCUGCCUAUCAGAACCUGCGACAGAAAGUUGACAACUUUGUCACGUCGCACCUGAGCACCCAGGACUGGAAACCGUCCAACAACAAGAACCAGAUGAGGAAUGGACUGAGACAAAGUGUUGUUCAAUCGGGCAUGUUGGAGUCUGGAGUGGACCGGAUUAUAACUCAGGUCGUGGACCCUAAGAUGAACCACACGUUCCGGCCGCAGAUAGAAACUGCUGUUCAUGAAUUCCUCUCUGGAGACAGGAAGGAGGAGAGCACUCCCAGUUCUAACCCUGCACCAUCUGAACAGACAGAAACACAGGAGCCCGCUUGUGCCUCUGGCCCCAGAACCCCCUUUAACAAUAAUAUAUAUAUUUUAAAGUACUACAUGAAGCUGAGCCGUCCUGAGAAAAUGCCGGUGACUGUGUCUGUGGUGCUGCUGCUGCUGGCGUGUCAUCAGGUGCUGGCUGUGGAUCCGCAUGAUGUGCAGGAGAAACAAGGAGUGAUGAAGAAACGCCUCUCGCUGCAGAGCACAGCUGAUAUUCAGAGUUGCCUGGUGAGUUCAGAUGACGUCGGAUGUGGGAUGUUCCAGUGCUUUAAUAACAACUCCUGUGAGAUCCACGGACUGCACCACAUAUGCCUCACGCUGCUGCACAACGCCGGACGCUACGACUCCCAGGGCAAAUCCUUUGUGAAGGAUGCGCUGCGGUGCAUGGCCCUGGGACUGCGGCAGCGCUUCAGCUGCGUGAGCCGGCGGUGCUCUGCGGUAAAAGAGAUGGUGUUUUCCCUCCAGAGAGAGUGCUAUUCCAAACACAAUCUCUGCCUAGCUCUGCAGGACCACAUGGACACCAUGGGGAACCUGGUCCAGUUCCACCUGAUGUUUCCCACGGGGCCAUAUGUGGAACUGAUGAAUUUCCUGUUGAAGUGCGGAGACGAGAUCAGGGCGUGGGUUGGACGGCAGCUGCAGGGGCAGUGCAAGCAACACUGGGGGGCGCUCUGUGGCAGCUUCGCCAACAUCUGCCCCCUCAACCAAUCAGAUGAUCCGGAUGACACCACUCCACCACCUGCUGUGGCCGGGCAUGUCACAGCUGCAAAGCCAACCGGAGAAGCCGAGCUGGAGACCAAGAGGCCGGUCAGGUUGACGGACAGCACCGCUGAUGUUAGCUUCUCCGUUUCUGAGCAUCCUUUCAUCUCAGAUUCAUAGAGAGGCGUUACAAAGAGGGUACACAAAC